AUGCCUUCAGGAAUGGGAAACGGCACCAAGCCGAUCCACAACAAGAAGCCCAAGAAGAAGGAGCACGAGGACGACGACGAGGACAAGGCCUACAAGGCCAAGCAGAUGGCUGACAAGAAGGCCCUCGCCGAGUUGCAGGCCAAGGCCAAGGGCAAGGGCCCCCUCAGUGUCGGUGGCCAGGGCAUCAAGAAGUCCGGCAAGAAAUAG